AUUGCUUCAUCCCAUCCAUGUUUCUGUCUAUUGCUGUGAAAUAGAUCUUUAAGACAACCAUGAGCUCUUUCGAACUACCUGAGUCCCUGGUGUAGCUCCAUAAAUCUGAGAGCUGGAUUUGUGGGGAAUAUGGGGUGGUUUUCAGUGGGUUUUAGGAUGAUUUGUUGGCUUUGGUUUGUGGUUUGUGUGGGUGGGAUUGGAGCUAACUGGGGGACACAGACAAGCCACCCUAUUCCACCAAACACAGUGGUUCAGAUGCUCAAGAACAAUGGCUUUCAGAAGGUGAAGUUGUUUGAUGCCGAUGAGGGGCUUUUGAAUGCACUGAAAAAGAGUGGUUUGGAGGUGAUGGUCGGCAUCCCUAAUGACAUGCUUGCGGUGCUGGCCGCCAGUACGAAGGCAGCACAGAACUGGGUAUCUAAGAAUGUCUCGGAAUACAUCAAUGAUGGUGUGAACAUCAGGUAUGUUGCAGUUGGAAAUGAACCUUUCUUGCAAACAUACAACGGGAGCUUUCUGCAGACCACCUUUCCAGCCCUCCAAAAUGUUCAAGGAGCUCUAACCAGAGCUGGUCUGAGCAGCCAGGUCAAAGUUACUAUCCCUCUUAAUGCCGAUGUUUACGAGUCAUCAAGUGGCCGACCAUCUGAUGGGGACUUCCGUUCUGACAUCCGUGAUCUCAUGCUUGCUAUUGUUAAGUUCCUCAGCGACAAUGCUGCCCCCUUCACCGUCAACAUUUACCCUUUCAUCAGCCUCUACAGCGAUCCAAACUUCCCAGUGGAUUAUGCUUUCUUUGAGGGAAAUUCUUCCCCUGUCAUUGAUGGUACAACUAGUUACACCAAUAUGUUUGAUGCAAACCAUGAUACUCUCAUCUGGGCCCUGAAGAAAAAUGGAUACGGAAAUCUCCCUGUCAUUGUUGGAGAGAUCGGCUGGCCAACAGAUGGAGAUAUGAAUGCAAACCCUCAGUAUGCUCAACGAUUCAAUCAGGGAUUCAUGAACCACAUCCUGAUGGGGCAGGGCACGCCAGUGAGACCAGGACCAAUAGACGCAUACCUUUUCAGUUUGAUCGACGAAGAUGAAAAGAGCAUCCAGCCAGGAAAUUUUGAACGGCACUGGGGAAUUUUCACUUAUGAUGGUUUACCAAAGUAUCAACUGAAUCUUGGGACGACGAAGGCCGGAGGAUUGGUUCGAGCUCUGAAUGUUCAAUAUCUUGACAAGAAAUGGUGCGUCCUCAAGCCUUCAGUCAACCUUGAUGAUUCCAGGAUCGCUCCAAGUGUAAGCUAUGCCUGUGCCAAUGCCGACUGCACCAGCCUGGGCUACAACACUUCAUGUGGUAACUUGGAUGCACAAGGCAACAUUUCGUAUGCAUUCAAUAGUUUCUACCAGAAGAACGAUCAGGACGCUGUAGCUUGUGAUUUUUCGAACUUGGCGACGAUCACGGAGAAAGAUCCAACUACAGGAACUUGCAGGUUUGAGAUCAUGAUUGUGGCAGAUUCUGGGAUGUCAUGGAAUCUGCCGCGAGUGAGAGAUCACAGAGCUCUUCUGGUGUUGUCUGUAUUUCUUCAAGUGAUUUGGACACUACCUUGACAUUUUUAUUCUAUCAAAAUGCAGUCUCCAAUUUGCAGCCACACUCCCUGCUUCAUGGAGAUCAAUGAGUACCUCUUGAGAUGCAAAAGACUAAACAAGAUGGUGACCAUGAGAAUAAGUUUCAAGAUUGAAUGAGAUCAUCAAGGAGCCAUGUGGUGGUGCUGCGGAAACAAUCUCGCUCAGCAUGCUGCCUUUUCUUUUCUGUUCAAGUGAUUGGAAAAUAUGUUGUCAAUACAACCAAAGCAAAGUAAGAUAGCUUUGGACGAUUUCUAAUGUCUGGGUUCAGAGCUACAUACCGAUGGUUUGAGAUCCACAUUUGAUACAAAGCUGACCUCCAUGAGUGCAAAUUUAUCUUAAUGUUGAUGAUUUUGCCAGUAAACCUGUACUCAGGUCAUCAGCAGGUAGUGGUGGAUUUCAGGACCAGUUGGUGCCAUAAGCUUCUUCAGCUGCAUCUCAGGAGAUGGCACUUGCAGUCUCCACUAUCUCUGAAGCCUUCGGAUCAGCGACUAUUUUAAUUGUAUUUGUUUCAGUAGUCGAAACACAUUCAACAUUGCUUUCAUUCA